UGAAACAUAUAUCAAAUGUUCUCUAGUUCAUAAAAUCGAUUUAUACUGCUACUUUUCUUUGUUUACUUUCUUAGUGCAAAUUCGUUAGACAUUCGUAAAAUUGUUAUUAAUUGAGUCCAUGUAGUACGUGGCCUGCGGAGAGUACCAAAGUAUUUAUUUUCCUCGACGAAAUGUGAAAUAAAAUCAAUGGCAAAUCGAUCGAUUUUUGACAGCGAAGUGGGAAAGUAGCGGUGUCUGGGUGUGCAUUCUGUACUGCGCCCAAGUAAAAAUAUACGCCCAAAAGAAAAGCUCUAAUUAAACUCGCAAGUUAUAACUUCCUUGGCUAUGGAGCACAAUUCCUCUUUGCCUGGCUACGUUCGCGAAAAGCUCGCUGAGCUGGAUUUGGAACUCUCGGAAGGGGACAUUACGCAGAAGGGCUACGAAAAGAAGCGGGCGAAGCUAUUGCAGCCGUUCCUAAAAAAACCAGAAGGCGACAAGGUGAAAAGUACGCCUCCACCGCCAUACUAUAAUGUCAAAGAUGCCAACAAUAGCAAUAGCCAUGGAAACAUUAAUAACGACGGCGUCAUAUUGUCCAGCGAGGGCUAUAGCUAUGUUACCGAAGUGCCCUCGCUCUCCUCCUCACAACAAAGACAUUCCAAAAAGAUCGACUACCAUCAGCCAUCAUCCGUAAACGCGUCAUCGACGCCUCAGAGCGGAAAUGUUGGGGUUCCCGGCUACGAGAAUAUGCGCCCUCAGGGUGGAGCAGUCGGCGAUCCCGGGUAUCAAAACACUCGAGAGCCCAGUGGUUUUCAAAAUCAACAGUCAUCAAAUAAUAGCCAACAUCGUCAACGACGCACACAGCGAAAAGUAACGCACAAUGAGAAACGGUAUCAUUCUGAAGUACGACAGGAGGCUGUGCAGCAGGCGUUGGCAGCUCUUAAAGGGCGACCAAAGCCCAGCCUUCCGAUGCCAUCAAAGCGCACAUCUGUCCUAAACCGCAGCCCUGGAUGUAAUGAUGAGCUGGACUCAUCAACGGAUGACGAAUCUAUACCCGAGGAGACAAUUUCCCCCGACAAGGAGUACAAUUAUCCGCGCGAUCAUAUAAGCAAUAGUAUUCUACCCCCAGAGCCGAUAAUAAAGCCUCCAAUUCGUGAGUCAUCGAUGGGCCCACAUCAGCAUUCGAGGUCGGAGGUAAAACAAAACCAAAUGCCAAAUCACAAGUACACAUUAUCGAAUAGCGCUCCAGAGAGGCGGCCACCUCAAAAUUUACCUCCAAUUCCAAUAUCAGAUGCUUCAAGCACGGACUCGCCGCCAAUUGCAUACAAGCGAGAUAAUGACUUUUCUGACAAAGCGUACAAGCAAAAGCAAUUGAACGCUCCUGACAUCACACAAUUUAAUAAUGCACACCGUGCUGCAGACCGAGUGACACGAUAUGUAAACGUUACUCAGAAUGAACUAAACGAGACAGAUGCCAAUGGCAAGUGGAAAGUGUCGGCUAAGAUACAGCAACUGCUAAACACCUUAAAAAGACCCAAGCGACGACCAUUGCCAGAAUUCUAUGAAGACAACGACAUUGAGCUGGAGAUUGCUGCUAACACGAAAGAUCCAAAUGCACCAAAACCAGAGGGUAGCACCAUGACACCUGUGCACGGCGAACAGCUGUCCAUACCAGCAGGACUUCCACGGACACUUGAAUGCGCACUACAACGAUACGGAACCAAUUCUUUUAAAAGUCCGAUGGCUACGGUCCUUGAUCCUAACGGAAAAAUUACAACUACCUUAACUUAUGGUAAACUGCUUUCCCGCGCUCAGAAGAUAGCGUAUGCUUUGUCAACAAAAAUAUUUAGCAAGGGACCUGAGCAAGUAACUCUUAAGCCAGGUGAUCGUGUUGCGUUGGUCUACCCUAAUAAUGAUCCCUUAAGUUUUAUUACAGCCUGGUAUGGUUGUAUGUUUCGGGGUUUAGUGCCUCUUCCAAUAGAAUUGCCGCUGUCUAGCUCGGACACUCCUCCCCAGCAAGUUGGAUUUUUAUUAAGUUCUUGUGGCAUAACUGUGGCACUAACCUCAGAGGCUUGCUUGAAAGGUCUUCCCAAAUCAACAACUACGGGGGAAAUAGCUAAACUAAAGGGCUGGCCACGUUUGCAGUGGUUUGUAACUGAACAUUUACCUAAACCGCCCAAAGAAUUCAAUGUUGGCAAUUUGAGAGUCGAUGAUUCGUCUGCUGCUUAUAUAGAAUACACGACUGAUAAGGAAGGAAGUGUCAUGGGUGUCACUGUCACUCGAGCAGCGAUGAUCAAUCAUUGUCGUGCUUUGACUAUGGCCUGUCAUUACACCGAAGGCGAAACAAUUGUGUGUGUCUUGGAUUUCAAGCGUGAAGUUGGAUUGUGGCAUUCAGUUUUAACUUCUGUACUAAAUGGUAUGCAUGUUAUUUUUAUACCCUACGCCUUGAUGAAGCUGCGGCCAUCUAGUUGGAUGCAAUUGAUAACGAAACACCGCGCUUCUUGUUGCUUGGUUAAGAGUCGUGAUCUACAUUGGGGCUUACUAGCUACUAAAGAUCACAAAGAUAUAUCGCUGUCUUCUCUGCGUAUGUUGCUGGUAGCCGAUGGGGCCAACCCCUGGUCCCUUUCAUCGUGUGACCAGUUCUUGAGCGUUUUUCAAGCAAAAGGUCUGCGGUCAGAUGCAAUUUGUCCAUGCGCUAGUAGCUCUGAAGUUUUUACUGUUUCUCUUCGUCGUCCUGGACGGGGAUCCUGUGGAUUCAGUCCAUCAGCUACAGGACGAGGUGUACUUUCCAUGGCAGCACUUUCACACGGAGUAGUGAGAGUGGACAGCGAAGACUCGUUAACGUCACUCACUUUGCAGGACUGUGGUCAGGUUAUGCCAGCCGCACAAAUGGUAGUCGUAAGAUCGGAAGGAGCUCCAGUGCUAUGCAAAACUGAUCAAGUGGGAGAAAUAUGCGUUACUAGUGGUUCCACCAGUGCUAGCUACUUUGGUCUCGAUGGAAUGACGAAUUCUACCUUUAAGGUUCAACCUUUAUUGGAAGAAUUUGAACAACCAAAAGAUGGUAAUGGCACGGUUAAUAUAAUUUGCAAACCGAUUGGCGAAGACUUUUAUGUUAGAUCAGGUCUUUUGGGCUUUCUUGGCCCUGGAGGCUUGGUCUUUGUCUGCGGAUCUCGCGAUGGUCUUAUGACGGUUACCGGUCGAAAACACAACGCGGAUGACAUAAUUGCUACAGUAUUAGCAGUGGAACCAAUGCGCUUUAUUUACCGAGGACGCAUAGCAGUAUUUAGCAUUAAAGUACUGCGUGACGAACGCGUGUGUGUUAUUGCGGAACAACGUCCCGACUGCUCUGAAGAAGAAAGUUUCCAAUGGAUGUCACGCGUUCUGCAGGCAGUUGACUCUAUUCACCAAGUUGGCAUUUAUUGCCUGGCAUUGGUUCCACCAAACCACUUACCCAAGACUCCUCUCGGAGGCAUACAUUUAUGUGAGGCAAGACGAAGAUUUUUGGAGGGAUCACUUCACCCAGCGAAUGUUUUGAUGUGCCCACAUACAUGUGUUACUAAUUUACCGAAGCCACGAGAAUUACAUCAAGGUGUGCAAACUGCCGCAAAAUUAAGCUCAUCUGGAUGUGGUAUUACAGACACGGGCGUUGGACCAGCCUCCGUGAUGGUUGGAAAUUUAGUUCAGGGUAAUCGCCUCGCUGAAGCCCAUGGACGGGAUGUUGGAUUAGCUGAAGAUUGCGAGAGAAAGCCCCAACUUAUAACAGGUGUAUUGCGUUGGCGAGCAAACACUUCUCCAGAUCACAUCAUAUUUACAUUGUUAAAUUCUAAAGGCGCCAUUGCCAAAACUCUAACAUGUUCUGAGCUACAUAAACGGGCAGAGAAAAUAGCUGCAUUAUUACAAGAACGAGGUAGAAUUGAGUCAGGAGAUCAUGUUGCUCUUAUAUUUCCCCCAGGACUUGAUUUGUUGUGCGCAUUUUACGGAUGCCUUUAUUUGGGUGCAAUACCAAUUACAAUAAGGCCUCCACACCCACAGAAUUUAAAUACCACAUUACCCACUGUUCGCAUGAUAGUUGAUGUCUCAAAAAGUGGAAUUGUGCUCUCUAUACAACCAAUUAUUAAGUUACUAAAAUCUCGAGAGGCGGCAACUUCUAUUGACCCAAAGACAUGGCCACCUAUAUUGGAUAUUGAUGACAAUCCAAAACGCAAAUAUGGCGGCAUAGCCACGGUAUCUUUUGACUCUAGCGCCUAUUUGGAUUUCAGUGUGUCAACGUGUGGACGUCUUAGCGGUGUUAACAUAACGCAUCGAUCUCUUUCUAGUCUGUGUGCCAGUUUAAAAUUGGCUUGUGAGCUGUAUCCUUCCCGUCAUGUUGCGUUAUGUUUGGAUCCCUAUUGCGGCCUUGGAUUUGUAAUGUGGACUCUCAUCGGAGUAUAUAGUGGGCACCAUUCGAUACUUAUUGCACCCUACGAAGUUGAAGCUAAUCCCAGUUUGUGGUUGUCCACUCUCUCGCAACAUCGUGUUCGCGACACUUUUUGUUCAUAUGGUGUAAUAGAAUUAUGUACUAAAGCUCUCAGUAACUCUAUACCCUCCUUAAAGCAACGAAACAUUGACUUGCGUUGCGUGCGGACUUGUGUUGUAGUUGCGGAAGAGCGCCCAAGGGUGCAACUUACCCAGCAGUUCUGCAAGCUGUUUCAAGCUCUUGGUCUAAAUACUCGCUGCGUCUCCACUUCAUUCGGAUGUCGCGUUAAUCCAGCCAUUUGUGUGCAAGGUGCCAGUUCUGCAGAGAGUGCUCAGGUGUACGUAGAUAUGAGAGCAUUGCGAAAUAAUAGAGUGGCUUUAGUAGAGCGCGGUGCGCCUAAUUCACUUUGUGUAAUAGAAUCAGGAAAACUUCUUCCAGGUGUAAAAGUAAUCAUAGCAAAUCCCGAUACCAAGGGUCAUUGUGGCGACUCACAUUUGGGAGAAAUUUGGGUUCAAGCUCCCCAUAAUGCAAAUGGAUACUUUACAAUUUAUGGCGAUGAAACUGAUUACAAUGAUCACUUUAACGCAAAAUUGGUAACUGGGGCUACCUCUGAGUUAUAUGCGCGUACUGGCUAUUUAGGAUUCUUAAGACGUACCGAAUGUUCUCAAGCAGCCUCAUUACUAGACGAGACCACACCAAGUGUAGCCAGUCGCGACAGUGAUACAGAAUCGUUGAAUUCCAUAAGUCAAUUGCAGUUAAACUUUUCAAAUGUUUCCUUGGGUGGAAAUUCUGAACAUAGCCUAAUAGGCGGUGCAGCAACCUCGAAUGACCAAGAACUACAUGACGCGGUGUAUGUAGUUGGAGCUGUUGAUGAAGUGAUCUCAUUACGUGGCAUGAACUAUCAUCCGAUUGAUAUUGAAAAUUCAGUAAUGCGCUGUCACAAAAAAAUUGCUGAGUGCGCCGUUUUCACAUGGACUAAUUUAUUAGUCGUAGUUGUCGAACUAGAUGGCAAUGAAUCAGAAGCUUUGGAUUUGGUUCCCUUGGUCACAAAUACAGUAUUAGAAGAUCAUCAGCUUAUAGUUGGCGUUGUUGUGGUAGUUGAUCCAGGUGUUGUGCCAAUUAAUAGUCGGGGCGAAAAGCAACGAAUGCAUUUACGAGAUGGCUUCCUGGCUGACCAAUUGGAUCCCAUAUACGUAGCAUAUAAUAUGUAAAUACAAAAAUAUUCUUAUGAUGAAACCGCCACUACAUAGUAAGAAAACGUGAGCAACCGUUUUCUUCAUAUCUUUUUUCAAAAAAUUGCAAUCCACUAAAAAAUAUGGAAUAGCUUAUUUUGGUUCCGACCACGACAUAUAUUCACUUUUCUUUUAGAGUAUUAGAAUAGAUUCUUACAAUAAAUGGACUUUUUCACUUUAUAUGAUCAUAUAAGUGACAACAACAUUUAACAAACAUUAAUAAACAGCAGAUUACAUA